AGACUUUGGCCCUUCUAGCGCCUGCGGUGCCCUCCGGGACCCGACAUUUGUCAGCGAGACAGCAUUUCCUUGGCGUCAGUCAGCGUUGUCGCGCAAGAGAUAAAGUCGGAGGAGGUUAACGAACCCCUCGAACGCGCCACUGCCAGGGAGAUUGUCUUCGUCUUCUCCGAGAUGUACAGAACCAAAGUGGGCUUGAAGGACCGCCAGCAGCUGUACAAGCUGAUCAUUAGCCAGCUGCUCUACGAUGGCUAUAUUAGCAUUGCUAAUGGCCUCAUCAACGAAAUCAAGCCGCAGUCUGUCUGUGCGCCCUCGGAGCAGCUCCUACACCUCAUCAAACUAGGAAUGGAAAACGACGAUACUGCAGUUCAGUAUGCAAUUGGUCGUUCAGAUACAGUGGCCCCUGGCACGGGGAUUGACCUGGAAUUUGAUGCCGACGUCCAAACUAUGUCCCCAGAGGCUUCAGAGUACGAAACAUGCUAUGUCACAUCCCACAAAGGCCCCUGCCGCGUAGCCACCUACAGCAGAGACGGGCAGUUAAUAGCCACCGGAUCUGCCGAUGCUUCCAUAAAGAUACUUGACACGGAAAGAAUGUUGGCCAAGAGCGCCAUGCCAAUAGAGGUCAUGAUGAAUGAGACUGCACAACAGAACAUGGAAAACCACCCAGUGAUCCGAACGCUUUAUGACCACGUGGAUGAAGUCACAUGUCUCGCUUUCCACCCAACAGAACAGAUCCUUGCCUCUGGUUCCAGGGAUUAUACUCUGAAGUUAUUUGAUUAUUCCAAACCAUCUGCAAAAAGAGCCUUCAAGUACAUUCAGGAAGCUGAAAUGCUACGCUCUAUCUCUUUUCAUCCUUCCGGAGACUUUAUACUCGUCGGGACUCAGCAUCCUACUCUUCGGCUUUAUGAUAUCAACACGUUUCAGUGUUUUGUCUCUUGCAAUCCUCAAGAUCAACACACCGAUGCUAUAUGCUCCGUUAAUUACAAUCCCAGCGCCAACAUGUAUGUCACCGGUAGCAAGGACGGCUGCAUCAAGCUGUGGGAUGGUGUUUCAAAUCGGUGCAUCACAACCUUUGAGAAGGCGCAUGACGGUGCUGAGGUUUGUUCUGCCAUUUUCUCCAAAAAUUCCAAAUACAUUCUCUCCAGUGGAAAAGACUCCGUAGCUAAACUUUGGGAGAUAUCAACAGGACGAACACUGGUCAGAUACACAGGGGCCGGCCUGAGCGGGCGGCAGGUGCACCGGACGCAGGCCGUGUUCAACCACACCGAGGACUACGUGCUGCUGCCGGACGAGCGGACCAUCAGUCUGUGCUGCUGGGACUCCCGUACCGCCGAGCGUCGGAACCUGCUCUCCCUGGGCCACAACAACAUCGUGCGCUGCAUAGUGCACUCGCCCACCAACCCCGGCUUCAUGACGUGCAGCGACGACUUCCGAGCCCGGUUCUGGUACCGGCGAUCCACCACGGACUAGCCCGCCUUCCUUGCCUAGGGUUCUUUUCUCGAGGACUGUGCCCCUGCCCCCACCGGGUCCCGUCACCAGCUUCGGUAGUAAGUCACCGCGCCACCUGGCGGUUGUGCCGCCACCUCUCCGUCCUUGGAUUUGUACAAAAGAAUCUUUUUUUACCUUGAUGCAGAAUCAUGGUGGGAAAAGUGGGAAACGCAGAUCCGUGCGGUUGCUCUGCAUUCACUGAUUAUCACAGUGUGAUUUUCAUCGGUUUUGUAAAUACAGGACUUGCCACUUCUCUUGAAUCUCUUGAUCAUUUGAGGAAAGGUGGAGUUUUAAAGUGCUUUCUAGAUCUCAAGUGGAUCUGUCGUGAGGGAUUUUCAUCCGGUGGUUCUGUCGACUUCUGUGCCUCUUCUACACACACCCUCUUUGUGUCUUUCUUUUCAGGACACAUUUUGGCAGGUAGGUGGGCCUGCAGCUCUGAGAAUCCAGAGCGUCGUGCCGUUUUAAAACCAGUUUAGAGAAUCCAUCAGUCCUAUCCCGAAAUGAUACCAUUCUGAUAAUAAAGCUCAGAUCUGCAACUUCA